AAUUAAAAUAAAAAACUUAACAAAAGCUAUAUAGUUUAAGGAACUGUAUCACAAAGCGAUUUAAAAAUAAAAACUGGUAAAGCCGGUGCUAAGAGCAAUGCUCAAGUGGAAAAGCAGAAGACUCAGACUUGUAUAGCACAGUUUAGAAGAUGAAAGAGACUGAUGAUGACGAAGCCAAACUAAGUUGCAGAGAAGAGGAACAAGAAAAACAAGAAAUAUGGAGUUGGGGGGCUGGAACAGAUGGCCAACUGGGCACGGGCAAUCUCCAAGAUGAGCUAUCCCCUCAACUACUUAAACUCCCUUCUCUCUUCUCCGCUCGACCCAUCUCUCAUCUCGCCUGCGGCGGCGCUCAUGUCAUCGCUUUGACCUCCGAGGGAAAGGUAUUGACGUGGGGAAGAGGAGCAUCUGGUCAGUUAGGCCAUGGAGAUAUGUUGAAUAACCCAAAUCCCAAGCUUGUUAAUAUAUUGGAAUCAUAUUGUAUAACCCAUGUUUCUGCUGGGUGGAACCACUCUGGUUUCGUUUCAGAUUGUGGGUCUGUUUUUACAUGUGGGGAUGGUUCGUUUGGUCAGCUUGGACAUGGUGAUUAUAAAUCAUAUUGCUCACCGAUUAAACUUUCCUAUUUUGUUAAUAACCAUGUUGAACAGAUGGCAUGUGGCAUGCGCCAUUCACUUGUCUUAUUGAAAUUUCAACAAGGUCAUUCUGGAGAUCAGAUUUAUGCAUUUGGGUCUGGGAAACGUGGUCAACUUGGUAUUUCGAAGGACAAAGUCAAGUCAGUUAGUCUUCCUGAAGUUACUUGUGGAUUAGACGGUAUCAAUAUUGUAAGCAUAGCUGCGAAUGGAGACCAUAGUGCAGCAUUAUCCAAUGAUGGGAAGUUAUACACUUGGGGAAGAGGAUUUCAGGGUAAGUCUGAUGCUUACUAUCCGGAGCAUUUAACCACAUCAUUCUGCAGUACCAAAGCCACUCUUGGAUGGAAUCAUGCACUUCUGUUAACUGGUAAUGGAGAAGCUUGUAUUCUUGGUGGGAACCGGCAUGGGGUGCUCAGUCGUCCAGAUAAAGUGAGUGCAUUGGAGAACAUGCAAGAUUCAAAUGACCUUCUAGAGGAAGUCCCUGGUCUAGAUGGUGAAAAAGUUGUAGAUAUUGCAGCCGGAUCUGAACACUCUGCUCUUAUAACAGAGAAAGGAGUUGUUAAAACAUGGGGUUGGGGUGAACAUGGUCAGCUUGGCUUGGGAAACACAGUUGAUCAAACCAGCCCUCAACCAGUAACUCUUUACAAUGAGGUUCCAACUGAAGCCGUGACUAGCAAGGUCUACUGUGGAAGUGGGUUUACUAUUGUCAUAAGAACUAAAGAUGCUCCUCUUCCUCCCAGAUGUAAAUGAGUAUCAACCAUGGCAAGUUACUAGAUAUUCUUAAAAGAUCGUCUCACUUACUGGAAGAGUCGAAGAUUUCUUCACACCCAUCCGCAUAGUUUUUUAUUUUAGGAUAUCAUUGUAUGUAACAUUAUCUAUUAUGAUUUUGAAUAACUUAGGGCCUCUUAAUCUGAAAAUAAAUAGAAAUUGUUGUUCA